UUGAGUAAUAAGUCAAGCAGGAGCGAGAGGAACAGGGAAUCACUGGAGCUGCUUGCAAAUUUAAUUAAAAGAGGAAGGCAAAGCCCAUCCAAUGUGACUCUUCACUUCUGCAGACUUAUCUUUGAAAACUUGUCUGGGGAUGCCACUUUCUUUUCUCCAUUGUCCCCUUUGCUUCAACUGCCAAAAACAAAUAGUUUUUGUUAAAUUUUGAGUAGUGUUGCUCAUAAAGGGUGGACUAUUUUACAUCCUCGGGCUCUUGUUUUGACUGUAAUUAUUUCCUUCCUAGUAAUUGGCGGUUUCUGAUUUUCCCACUGAUGACUGUGAAACAGGAAAGAGAUUUUCUGACCAACAAAUGCUUUUCUAACAAGCAGGUGCUUUUGUUCUUAUUAAACUCGGACAAACAUUAUUCUAUUCUGAUUUUUUUCCUAAAAUUUCUAUUUGCAAACAUGAGACUUAAGAAGAAUGGGUCUUAUACACUGAACAGGAAAUCCAAGGGAAAACCAAAUGGUAAAAAGCCUGCAACAGAGGAAAAGAAACUAUAUCUUGAACCGGAAUAUACGAAGUCCAGGAUUACUGACUUUGAAUUCAAAGAAUUAGUUAUAUUACCACGUGAAAUAGAUCUUAAUGAGUGGCUAGCUAGCAACACAACAACGUUCUUCCACCAUAUCAAUUUACAGUAUAGUACCAUCUCUGAAUUCUGUACAGGAGAGUCGUGUCAGACCAUGGCAGUAUGCAAUACACAAUACUACUGGUAUGAUGAACGAGGAAAGAAGAUCAAAUGUACAGCCCCUCAAUAUGUUGACUUUGUCAUGAGUUCAGUGCAGAAGUUAGUGACAGACGAGGAUGUCUUUCCUACUAAAUAUGGCAAAGAAUUCCCAAACUCAUUUGAGUCCCUAGUGAAGAAGAUCUGCAAGUAUCUGUUCCAUGUGCUAGCCCACAUCUAUUCAUCACACUUCAAGGAAACACUGGCACUGGAAUUGCAUGGACAUUUGAACACACUCUACGUACACUUCAUCCUUUUCAUCCGGGAGUUUAAUCUGGUGGACCCUAAAGAAACAACCAUCAUGGAUGACCUCACAGAGAUCCUCUGCAGCAGCAGUGGGAGCAGUAGCAGUAACGGAAGUGGCAAUGGCGGUGGUGGUAGCAGCAGCGGCAGCAGCAGUAGUAGUGCAGUAGCACAGAACCACGUGAAGGAGAGAUGAGUCUUCCCAACCAGAGCAAAACCAACGCUAACACUUUUUAAAAAAAAGGAAAUUACUCUCUAUUCUCGGAUGUAUGCGUAUGUAUAUGUGCUUAUGUGUGUGUGUAUAUAUAUAUAUAUAUAUAUAUAGUGUGUGUAUAUAUAUAUAUACAGACAUACACAACCAAGACAGCUUAAGCAAUUAUGCUGCCACCACAGGACAUGUAGACACAAGGGACUGUAUGGAGUUUUGGUUAAAUGCAUCAUCCUUGGCAAGACGUUGCACCAGUUCUGUGGGGAUGUCUUUUUCCUUCCCUCCAUUUCUCUCCUGUUUCUUCCUUAGCCAAUGGAUUAUGAGUGCUAUUUUUAAGAGAUGAACCACAUUUUUUGAGUUGGGCUACUGCUUUUGUGUCCCCCCCCCCCCAUUCUGCCCACUUUCUUUUGGGAAGUGGUCCUUGUCUUUCAAUGCAGCCUCCCUUUUAUCUGUCUCAUUUCCUCUCUUAAAAUGGUGGUACUACCAUUUUUUUUUAAAAAAAAGUUGUAAACCGUGACUUAACAUGUAAAGUGGCUUACAUGGGGGGCACAUUGAGACUUGUCUUUGUUUUUACUUCAGUUGACCCUUUUCCUUCCCUUCCCUCAGACUUUUUGCAUCAACCCUUCAUUGGGUUUUAAUGGGGAGGAAAAUUGUUUUGGCCCAACUAAAGUAGCAAUAAGGCUUCCAGUGCACUUAAGGAAGGUGGUUCCCAGAUCUCCCUGGCCUCAGCGUGUGGAUCUUGAAAGCACCCAUAAAAGUUCUGGUAUUUUUAGAGAGAAAUGCCAGAAGAUAUACUAGCCAGGGAGGAAUCCCACCCUGUGGUAAAAGCCAUGACUGCUUCUUCUUCGCCAAAGGGGGCCUGAGACAGGAUGAGAAGGGGGCACACAGUCUGCCACCACUAUGCUAAGAGAGAUGGCUGUUGGCAUAUAAUUAUGUUGUUGGCUUAUUUUAGUUCAUCUGUCCAAUAAUAAUAAUAAUAAUAAAAAAUUCUAUCAGACACAA